UACCGGAAGUGAAAAUGACGUCUGGGAGGACGUUGUAUAUUGUGUGACUAAUAUUAUAGAUAGAAAUUCAAAUUAAGUCGCUUCUCUGUUUAAGACGACUACACGCAAAAGAAAGGCUUAUAUAAGCCGUGUUCUUCUGCUUAAGGUCUGAUACAAUAGCUGGGAUGCCUCAUUUCCUUCAUAAUUUACCCUUUAAUAGGAGGAAUUGGAAAUUUCACAGUAAGAAUUUUACAGAAGAUUUAUUUAUCAGAUAUAGAAGUGCAGUAAGCCCGCGACAAAGACCUCUGCGUGUGUGUUUACGUUUGCAGUGACUUAUAAACGACACUGCUCUGUUUUACUGUCGCCUUUUUUUUAUAAGAAAAAAAAACUGCUCCAAUUUAAAUGGCUAAGAACGCUUCACUUCUGCGCUUUUGAGUGUUUUAUAUAUAGUAUGUUUUAUACAGACAGUAUUUAUACAGUAUGUUUGUGUAGCGAAGAGUUUUAUGUUUUUACUCAACAGUUUUUUUCAUGUAGUAAAGUUCUGGUAGUUUUUUGGUAGUGAGGUCUUAGGCCCCAGUUUUCAGUAAAAAACAACAACAAUGAAGCUUCUGGAAAAUUCGAGUUUUGAUGCCAUUAAUACUCAGCUUACUAUAGAGACUGGAGACUGUAAGAUAAUCGGAAGAAUUGAAAGUUACUCCUGCAAAAUGGCAGGUGAAGACAAGCAGAUGUUUAAGCAGUUCUGCCAGGAGGGACAGCCUCAUGUGCUGGAAGCUCUGUCACCUCCUCAGAUGUCUGGAAUCAGCCCUAACAAGCUUAGUCACAGUCAAAGUGGUGAUGAACUGGAGAGUCCACUUUCUGAUAAAUGUAGCAGGAAGACUCUGUUCUACUUGAUUGCUACUCUCAACGAGUCCUUCAGGCCGGACUACGACUUCAGCCGCACCCGAGGGUGUGACUUCAGUAGAGAGCCCAGUGUCAAUUGGGUGUUUAAUGCUGUGAAUAGCAGCUUGUCUACUGCUGCUGGGGAGGCAUACAGCAGCUUGCAGCAUCAGCUCUGGGAGGCCAUUGACAAUGAGAUCAGUUUGGCUGAGUGUGACAUUUAUAGCUAUAAUCCAGACCUUGAUUCUGACCCAUAUGGAGAAGAAGGCAACAUGUGGUCCUUCAACUAUUUCUUCUAUAAUAAGAGGCUGAAAAGAAUUGUGUUCUUCACAUGCCGCUCUGUUAGUCUUUUUAUGACUCCACAAGACUCGGGCAUUGAAACAGAGCCGCACCUGGACUUGGACGAAGGUGGCUUUCAGGUGGAUGAAGAGAGUAAUAUCCAUUGCGGGCAUCGACUAUUAUGUGCCCAGUGAAGAUGUAAUAAUUCCACUGCCUUGCUUCUGAAUGCCUUGGGUGUCUCUUGGAGUCAUAUUUCUUUUUCUGUUUUGUAAUAAGUGUUUGUUCUUUAUGACUACAGUAGGAUAAAACAUUUUAUCAACAGGAACUCCACACAUUGAGGUAGGGCUGGGCGAUAAAAUGAUAACGAUAUGUAUCGCGAUAGACACGUGAUCGAUAGCAAUAUAAAAUGUGCUCGAUAAGACGUUCGAUAUUUUUUAUUCUUCGUCGGAAGAAAACAGAAGUUGCGAAGCAAGUUUGGUUGCAUUAACAAAGACGCUCACUCUCUGGUAACCUAGAAACUUGGGGAGUGACACUCUAACAGCCAAUCAUGUAACAGUAUCAAGUUUGGUUGCGACAUAUUGUUGUCUUGUGCUGGUGCUGGAUUCCUCUUCAGUAACCGGCGACUGAUAAGCAGAAAAUGAUCGCUGCAGCGAGCGAGGAAAUUGUAAAUAAAAGAGGAAAAGUCAGCUCGCCAGUAUGGCAGUUGUUUGGAUAUUAUAACUAAGGCUGAAAUGAUUCCUCAAGUAACUCGAUUACAAAAAUUGUUUGAGGCAAAUUCCUCUGCUUCGAAGCCUCUUUGAUUUAAUUUUAAAGCUCUCAUCACGUUAUUGUGCAAUUAUUUUGUCUGUACGCGCACACGCGCGUGUGUGUGACAACGCACUUAUGUAAAAGCGGGAGGAGAUGCGUGGAGUUAGCGGUCUUUUGACUUGAGGGUGCGUGCGGGCUGCAAAAUGGAAGGGCACGAUAACAGUCAAUGAGCAAAGAGAAGAAACAAACAGGACAAAACGCCAGAAAAUGUCCAAGUUUUGGGACACUAUUAGAGCGUCUGUUUUAAGCAGCAGGAAACAUUUCUUCAAAGCGCAGGGCAAGCCUCAAUUCUGAGCAUGUUGAUACCUUUUUUCGUUGCAAUCACAUGCUCGUUUAAAGACUUUUAAAGCAGAGAGAAAGAGAGCGAGAGAGAGAGACUUUUAUAUAUGUAUAUGCUUAAAGCACUCGGUGUGGCCUCUAGGUCCAAGUUCUGGUACAUGUUUUUUGCCUCUUAAAUACCAUAAAGCAUUCCAAAUUAGACAGUAAAGUUUUGUUAUGGCUGAGCUGUAGAUUUUGAAUCUUUUAGUUCUGAAAGUUAAAUUGCAUGACUUAAAGGCAAUAUUUUUGUAUUAUUGUUACUGUUUCAUAUUUCUGCAGGUUUUAUAUUUCAAACAAUGUUACUGUAGUG